AUGAGAAAUUUUAAAACCUACUUUCUAAGAACAAAGAGCCUUAUAACUCAAGGUUUAGUUAUGAGUGACAAUGGUUCUGCACAAAAUAUCGAUCUUCAGAAUUGGAUGAAGGAUCUGCCAGAACAGUUAAGAAAUAUUCCACUUAUAUAUCUUGCCAUCCCAGGCAGCCAUGAUUCAAUGACAUAUGGCAUAACAAGGUCUAGUGGUCUAGCUCCUGAUGCUGAACCCGUUGUGAAGAGACUGUACCCUCUGUUUCAAGGUACGAUCUUAAGAUGGACCAUUACACAGGCAAUAGAUGCCUUACAACAACUUCUUAUUGGCAUUAGAUACUUUGAUUUAAGGCUGGCAACUAAGACUGGAUCAGAAGACUUCUUUUUCACUCAUGGUGUAUAUGCAGGUGAAAUAUAUCAACCACUGCAGCAAAUAAAACAGUUCGUUGAUAGUCAUCCUUAUGAGGUGGUGAUAUUAGAUUUCCAACAUUUCUAUGGAUUCACUCAAGACGAUCAUCAAAGACUUAUGAGAUAUGUUAUCAAUUUAUUUGGACCACUACUUGUCCCCAGACAGUCUGAUUUAGACGGCAUUACACUUAAACGUCUUCAUAGAUUGGGUCAACAGGUAAUUGUAGUCUACCGUCACCAAGCAGUGUACGCGACAGGCGACUUCUGGCAACCCCAAAUGAUGCCUUCACCUUGGCCUCGACAGGACAAUAUCAGUGGGUUGUUAAAUUUCCUCAAAACCGUUAAAAGGCAUCCUGGCACUGGGUUCGUUCAUCAAGCUGUGUUGACACCUACACCUGCUUUUAUUUUAUUCAGGUGGGUGUCAAAUUUACGUGAUAAAUGUGCGAAGCCAGUGAAAAAUGAAAUAUAUCCUAAACUUGAAGAGUUUUCCCCCGGCAGACCCAUGAACAGAGAUGGCCCAGGAGCUGUUAACGUUAUAAUUGCCGAUUUCGUUGACUUAGAUGACGCUCUAUUCCCCAAAAUUAUUAUACAAUUAAAUUAUAAGUUAUUGACGAACAAUCAAGUUAUAUCACAAUACGACGGG